AUGAUAGAAGAUGAUGGAAAUUCCGGGACAGAGCAAGGAAGUGGCUUGAAGAAGACAAAACGAAUCCCAAUGUGUAAAUCGACUUCAGUUGAAGAAUUCCUCAAAGAAAAUGGGGAAAAUGGUGAAGAAGAUGAAUGUGAAAAUCUUGAGGAAGAAGAAAAUAUAAUGGGUGAAGAAGAAAACACUCAACAAACUGAAGGGGCAAGUAAGAAAAGGACACGUGGACCAACUCAAUGUUUGAAAAUCCAUGCUAGAAAGAGUGAGGAUCAUGAAGAGGUGGUCUUAGACGAUGAUGGAGAAUCUAUUGGACCCAAUGAUCGAACCGUGACAGAUUUGAGUUGUUUCCUUGGCACUGUCGCGAGGAAUUCAAAAUCGUAUCCCUUAGUUUAUACUAACUUCAAAGCUUUGAAGAAAGCAAACAAGGACCGUAUAUGGGAAUUUGUCACUGAUAAAUUCAGUAUCCCUGAUAAUGGAAGUAGAGCAGUUUUCUCUCGCAUAAAUGAUGCUUGGAGGCGUUACAAGAAAGAUCUCAAAAAGAGUUGUUUUUUAAAGUACACUACUAUGAGUGAAAGAUUGAAGCAUCGUCCCCAGACCAAAAUUAGAAAAAUCAAUGCUGUGAACAGAGCUAAGCAAAAGAAUAUGCAUCAGAUGGGCCCAACAAACUUUGCAUGGAUUCGUGCAAAACUGAAAGAGGACGGAAAGGAAGUUAGCCAGGCAGAGAUGUUCAUUGAGACUCGACAAAGUCGAAAAGGAAAACAGCCAGAUAAGGAAACUUCAAGUGCAAUUUCUAAGCUUCAAGAAUCAGUUCAUAACUCAACUGAAUCUGAGACAUUUAACUCCUUGUUUGGGAAAGAAAAAUCUGGAUGA